AUGUCUGAGACUUUCCAAGAGCUUGCUGAUAUCCCCAAGGAUUUUAUCCGGGAGGGUUCUCAAUUUGUUCGCCGCUGCACCAAGCCCGACAAGCGUGAAUUUAUCAAAAUCAGCCAGGCUGUUGGCAUGGGUUUCCUCGUCAUGGGAGCCAUUGGCUACUUCGUUAAGCUGAUUCACAUCCCUGUCAACCAAGUUCUGGUCGGUGGCGCCUAA